CCUUCCUCGGGCCGCAGGUCGCGCGCACCUGGACGUCACCCACGAGUGAGCGGAAUCGGCUAAGAACUCGGAGAAGGGUGGGCUGUGCCGCACGAGACAAGAAGUAUCGCGGAUGAAGCCCGGCUCUCUAAGCACACCCUCCUCUUGGCUCUCUUCACCGGCUUCUAAGCUCUAGAGAAGACACAGCAGGAAUAUUGGAGUUGGCUAACCAGUACCACCCUGAUCAACUUUAGUCUCUCCCAACCACCCCUUCACCUUUCCUUUCAUUGUUGUUUAUUUGUGUCUAAACCUCUUGAGCACUUGAAAGAGGUAUAUCUUGUCCAAAUCAGGCAAACCUUAGCUAAAAGCCCCAUCCGCCUAUAUUUUCCAUACAGGAAAACCUUAUCAGCCCUAAAGGCACUGUAUUUAAUAUCAAUGUGCUUUUAUGAAUUUAUUUCCAUAGCAGUUUCAUCACCCCCAAAACAUUCCUUGUUUUAAUAUUCACUAUUCUCCCUGUGUUACUUACUUUUUAUUUUUAAUAUGUCUGUAGCUUUUUAGUGUUGGUUUUCUUAUGUAACCUUAAAGACAACUUUUGCUUUUAGCCCCAACUGUAAGGCCUUCUCCUUGUACACUGUGUCUACUUUUCUGCUUGUUGCAUGGAUCCCCGGGUAGCCUGGAUACAGCCUGAACAAAGGGGACCUGCUAAUGCCCUCUGGAUGCAAAUAUGGGAUACCUCACAGGGCUUACGAGAGCGACGACUAAAACAAGCUGUCUCAAUACCCGGUGGUAGCAAUGGCAAUUCAGUAAGUGGCCCACCUAAUUACCCUGCCUAUCUAUGCCUCAACACCUUGGCAAUGGACAGGUGUAAUGCAUUCCAGUCAAACUCAUCUUCUCGACCUGGCACGCCUUGCUCUUCUUCAUCCUCCUCGUCUGGAGACAAGGAACAGGAAGUACCUGUUGUUUCUGGCUGUGCUCUUCCUCCAUCAUCAACUUCUCAAUCAUUUGAAGAUGGUGUUGGAGCUCGCACCUCAAGGUUACAGAAAAACCCUUCUGUGUCAUCUUGUUCGUCUUCUGAAUUUGGUUCUGAUGGUCUCAGAUGCUCUUCUCCAAGUAGUGUUGGGUUAGGACAAUGUCAGGGUAGUUUAAAUACAAACAUUUCAACUUCUGGUUCAGUUCAGCACAGUUACAUGGGCAAUGAGCUCCACAACAACAACAUAUAUGGCCAAAAUUCAAACUCUGUUGCCAGUCGGGAAGAUUCUCCGGUCUUCCUUAAUAAAUCUCACCACAGUGAUUUACACCAUAACUUUCUCAACCAGUUGUCCAGCUGUUAUGACCAGCUUCAUCAGUAUCAUCCCAGCCGAAGGAAAAGAGAGAAUAAAGCAAGCACCUAUGGCAUGAAUUAUUUGCUAUCUGAAGACAGAGGAGGAAUGAACUGGCUUGACUGUAAACCUCAUUCAACGUUUGCCUCUGGCACUCCUUGGAAGACCAAGAAUUACAGUCCAGAUUUAAAGGGUCUUCAUGAAGAAAUAGUAGACUUUUAUGACUUUAUGUCUCCAAGACCUGAAGAAGCUGCAAUGAGGAGUGACGUCGUUAAGAGAAUAGAAAUAGUCAUAAAAGAGCUGUGGCCUUCAGCUGAUGUUCAAAUCUUUGGAAGUUUUAGUACAGGACUCUAUUUACCCACAAGUGAUAUAGAUCUUGUUGUUUUUGGAAAAUGGGAACGACCACCUCUGCAGCAAUUGGAACAGGCAUUACGCAAGCAAGGUGUUGCAGAGAAAAUUAAAGUGCUGGAUAAAGCAACAGUGCCUAUAAUUAAACUCACAGACCAGAUGACUGAUGUGAAAGUGGACAUCAGUUUUAAUGUAAAGACUGGUGUAAAAGCAGCUCAGUUCAUAAAGGAUUGCAUUAAGGAGUACUGUCUGCUGCCUUAUUUGAUUUUAGUGUUGAAACAAUUUCUCCUUCAAAGAGAUCUGAAUGAAGUUUUUACUGGUGGAAUUAGUUCUUACAGCCUUAUUUUAAUGGCAAUUAGUUUCCUACAGUUGCAUCCUAGAAUUGAUGUUAGAAGUGGCAAUGAAAAUCUUGGUAUGCUUCUUGUGGAAUUCUUUGAACUGUAUGGAAGAAAUUUUAAUUAUUUCAAAACUGGGAUUAGCGUAAGAAAUGGAGGUGCUUAUGUUGCAAAAGAAGAAAUCAUGAAAGCUAUGGCAAAUGGAUAUAGACCAUCCAUGUUGUGCAUUGAGGAUCCUCUCCUACCUGAAAAUGAUGUUGGGAGAAGUUCCUAUGGAGCCAUUCAAGUGCAGCAAGUCUUCGAUUAUGCCUACCUUGUUCUAAGUCGUGCAGUAUCACCUCUUUCAAGAUCAUACCCAAAUAGAGAUUCUGAAAGCACACUGGGGCGUAUAAUCAAAGUGACACAAGAGGUUAUUGACUAUAGAGAGAGAAUACAGAAAAGAUGGGGAAGCAAAACAAAUGUAGCCCAAGAUUUAUGUGAUAACAAAGGCUCAGUGUCUUUGUGUUUGGAGGAUCCGUUACAAAUACAAAACUCCCAUUUCAACCAAUUAUGCAGUUCAUCUGUGUCCAGCCCACAAGACGUGACACCUGAAUCCUCAUCGUCCUCGUCUCUCUCAGGAAGUGAUAUUGAUUCUGAUACACCACCCUGUGCCAAUCACACUAUCCACCCUUUUAAUCUUCAAGCAUUGGCCAGAUUACCACCAACAUUGCCUGUGCCAACUGGCAAAUCCAAGUCUGCACCUCCUCGAGCCUUGAUAAUGACUACCAAUGCUCAGGGUAAUUACGCUAUACCUACCACGUCAAUUGGCAUUCCUACACUUCCUUGCAGACAGGUUGGUAUUGAACCACCAUCUUUGAAAGCUGUUCAUCAUGUGCUUUAUCCUGCUGUUCCUUCUGCACGCACUAACCCACUGCCAAGUCCUCAUAAUUACUACAAGCCUCACAAUGGGAUGAAGUAUCAAAUAAAAGAAAUGUAUAAUCCACAUCAAAGCAACGGACAGCAGAUGAUUGAUGGUGUGAGGCAGUCGGUUGGCAACAGAGGACACUACCAAUAUAAUCGUAACAGUUGGAGGAGGAAAAAACAUACAAGAGACAGCUUACCCAUGAGCAUUAGCAGAUGAGCAGUUGUGCUUUGUUGCAGGGAACACUUUUCGCCAAAGUAAAGACUUGAUUAAAGUAUACCCUAACAUUAUAUUUAGGCCCAUUAGCUGAAUCUUCUGGAUUUUUUGAUUUUCUUUUUUCACGCUAUCCACCAAUUCCGAAGAGGUAGCUGUGCAGACUUGCAGAGCCUUAAUGCAGACUUUUAUUUGGAUGCUUUCAGAAUCCUGUGCCAAAGCUUCCUCGGAUUUGCAUUAUUUUUUUGUUUUGUAAGUGAAUUCUAUAUUUUUGGCUUUUUUAACCCUGUUUUGGAUCAGGUUAAAAAAAAAAAAAUCCCUUUCCUUGAAAACCUGACAUGUACACAUUGAAGGGGUUAUUUCAUUGUUUUACAAGAAUUUUUUUUUUUUUUUAAUUUUUUUUUUAGUCUGGUGUUCAUAACAGACAGCGAU